AUGCGGCACCCAGUGGCCGUCAGCGCCCUCGGGCGGCAGCAGCAGGCCCGCCAAGCCCCUCCCGGCCAGGUGACACCGGCGCCCGAGGGCAGGGUGAUGGGCUGUCCUGGCGGGCCGGGGCCAGCCGUCAGCCUGCUGCGAAGCCGGGUCCAGGCCCUGGAGGCAGCAGGUGCCCGCACCGGCCUUCUGGGGGCCAAGCCGGCCCUGGAGGGAGUGAGCGGGCCAGGCCUGGCCAGUGGGCAUCGGGAGGUGUACCAACGGGAGCGCCUGGCCCUGGGCAUCGGGAGCCCGAGGGGGCCGGGACUGCGCUCCGUUUCUCUGCAGCUGCUCGGGGGUGCCGCGGCUGCUCAGUCCUGGUGUGAGGGGCCCCCCUGCACCCGGGCCCUGGGCCCCAGCAGCCUGGCUCCUGCUGCUAGGCGGCCUCCCGCGGCCCAGGAGGCCUCACUACCCGAGUGUCCAGCGGCUGGCCCCUCCUGUGCUGGGCGCGCCGGCCACCCCAUGCCCGAGGACCUUUGCGCCUCCUUCUUGGGGCUGUUCCGGAAUGUUCCUCCCACUGGAGGAGCCGGAGUGCCUCGAGGUGUGCAGGUGGGGGACCCCGGCUCGAGGUGUGCAGGUGGGGGAGCCGCAGGUCAGCCGGGAGCCCCACACGAGCAGGACGGUGCGCCUGCUGAGCUGGGGCUGCUGCAGCUGCUGGGGGCGCCCCUGCCACCCCAGGUCCAGCCGGUGGACGACCCCGACGUGGGACCGGCCUUCACCUUCGGGCCGGCGGCAGGCGGUGGCCAGGCGGCCAUCAAGCACUUCCCCGGCGGCACCUUCUUCCGCGACUUCGCGCUGCUGCUGUUGGCGCGGCCGGCCUCGGAGGCCGCGGGCGUGCUGUUUGCCGUGACGGACGCGGCGCAGGAGCGCGUGGCCGUGGGCGCCAUUGGGGAGUCGGGAGACUCAGGGAGCGGACUGGAGGAGCUGCCUGAGGGGACGGGGGAGCCCUGGAAGCUCCUCCCCCCGGAGGCGCCCCCGGUCACGUCGCCACCCCUGGCCGGAGGCCCCGACACAGGAGACGCCAGAACUGAGGAGACCGAGGCGGAAGCGACGGCGUCUCCGCUAGGAGCUCAGACCCGCUCUGGCUCGGAAGCGGCCGCCUCACAGGACGGGAGCGCCCGGGACGCUGGGGCUUUCGUGGAAGAGGCGCCCGGCGUGCAGGGCCCGCCUGCCGGACCCGCCUGGUCGGAGCCCGCCGGGCCUGACCCGCCCGGGUCCUCCCAGGGCGACGCUGGGCCGCAGGGCUUCCCAGGAGCUCCGGGAGAGGCCGGCCCCAGGGGCGAGAAGGGGGACCCUGGGGAGGGGCCAAGAGGGCCUCCAGGACCCCAAGGACCUCCAGGGCCACCAGGACCCCCCUUCAGGCCUGACAAGCUGACCUUCAUCGACAUGGAGGGGUCUGGGUUCAGCGGUGACCAGGAGAGCUUCCGCGGUCCGAGAGGCUUCCCCGGCCCCCCGGGGCCCCCCGGCGUGCCAGGCCUGCCCGGAGAGCCAGGCCGCUUCGGCGUGAACAGCACCGUCCUCCCAGGCCCGGCGGGCCUCCCCGGUGUGCCCGGACGGGACGGGCUUCCCGGGCCUCCCGGCCUCCAGGGACCCCCAGGUCCUCCAGGAAAACAUGGACGACCAGGAGCCGCUGGCCAGAAAGGCAGCCCUGACGACAUGGAAGGCUCCGGAGCGCCCCUCUGGUCGACGCCCCGCAGCAGCCCGCAGGGACUGGCCUGCCCCCCCGGAGUCAAGGUCAGUGAGGCGGAGGGAGCGGAUGCGGGGCAGCAGCUCCUGGCGCCGGUGCCCGAGCCUGCCCCGGGCAGCACUGACGCGUGGCCGGGGAAGCUGGAGCCGCAGGGCCGCCGGGUGCCAAGGCCCCCCGGGCCAGUGGUCCACGUGUCGGAGCAGGAGGGACCCGCCGGGCCGAAGGGCAGUCUGGGCUCCCGAGGCCAGCAGGGCCUCCCGGGACCCAAGGGUGAGAAGGGUGAGCCUGGGACCGUCUUCGGCCCUGACGGCAGGGCACUGGCCCCCACCCAGAAAGGAGCCAAGGUGAGUCCAGGCGUCUGGUCUCCCCGGUGGGGCUGGGGCUGGCUUCCGGGGGGCGCUGCCCACCCCGGAGAGCCGGCCUGGCCCUCGCCCUUGCUGUCCCUCUGCUUUCACGGCCACGGAGGGGCUGCCUGCUCAGAUGCGCCUGCACGAGGGCUCUCCAGCCCUCUGUGGGAGGCCGGGGCCAGUGCGGGGCCCAGGCUGCUGGGGGCCGCUGGCCGCAGAGAGGUGGAGCUCGCGGGCCCCAGGCUGACUGCGGGGAGCGCCCCGCGUCGCUCGCCGCCUGACUGCCCCGUGGGCACGACCAGGCGCCUGCCCAGCCCUGAACCUAUCCCCCAGGGUCCGCCUGGCCCUCCAGGGCCCCCCGGGCCCCCAGGCCCUCCCGGCACACCCGUCUACGACAGUAACGCGUUUGUGGAGUCUGGCCGCCCCGGGCUUCCAGGACUGCCAGGGUCCCUGGGGCCUUCUGGACCAAAGGGUGACAAAGGAGACGUGGGUCCACCCGGACCACCAGGUGAGUGGCCGGGGCAGCUGUGGACUGAGUGUGGGUGGUGUGGACGCCCAGGAGCCUCACUCCGAGGACGGUCCAGGCGCUGGGCUUCGCGCCCCUGGGUGCUGGCGGCUGGGGUGACCCAUGGUUUCUUCCAGCUGGAGGCCCGCACACCACUUCCCCAAGGGACGGACAACGAGGUGGCGGCCUUGCAGCCCCCCCUUGUGCAGAUGCACGAGGGAAACCCCCACCCGAGGUGGGGGCUCCCCCACUCCACUGUGCGGCCCUGGCGCGCACACGACAUCCUGGCCAGCCCCCCGCAGCCGCCCGACCGUCAGCUGUACCCCGGAGCCCCGCACCGUGGCGCCUACGCGCCCCUGAGGCCGGCCCGCCCCAGCAGCUGGCCCGCCCACACCCACCACGACUUCCAGCCCGCGCUGCACCUCGUGGCGCUCAACAGCCCGCAGUCGGGAGGCCUGCGAGGCAUCCGCGGCGCGGACUUCCAGUGCUUCCAGCAGGCGCGCGCCGUGGGGCUGGCGGGCACCUUCCGUGCCUUCCUGUCCUCGCGGCUGCAGGACCUCUACAGCAUCGUGCGGCGCGCGGACCGCGGGGCCGUGCCCAUCGUCAACCUCCAGGACGAGACGCUGUUCCCCAGCUGGGAGGCGCUGUUCGCGGGCGCCCAGGGCCAGCUGAAGCCCGGGGCGCGCAUCCUUUCUUUCGACGGCAGAGACGUCCUGCAGCACCCGGCCUGGCCCCAGAAGAGUGUGUGGCACGGCUCGGACCCCAGCGGGCGCCGGCUGACCGACAGCUACUGCGAGGCCUGGCGGACGGAGGGGGCGGGGGCCACGGGCCAGGCGUCGCCGCUGCUGGCCGGCAGGCUGCUGGAGCAGAGGCCCACCAGCUGCCACAGCCCGCUCGUCGUGCUGUGCAUCGAGAACAGCCUCGUGACCGCCGCCUCCCAGUAGCCGCGCCCCGGGAGCCCAGGGCGGGGCGGGCCCGGCAAACGCCGCAGACAGUUCACACUUCACAUAACCCUCCAAUAAAAAGCCAAAGAGUGUAUUUUUUAAAAA